GCACUAGGGUGACUUUAACUAACUAUACGGUCUUAAUGGGACAAAAAUAUCUCUGAGUAAUCUGAAAUACUUGUCUACACGUUCUCUCUUUCCUGAGUCGUAGCAGUGUUUUUUUCUCUGAUCGCCUCUUUAAGAAGGUCUUCGGAAAGCCAACGGGGUGCCCGUCGCGCCUUUGUAGAAAUCCAACGAGCCGGACAUGUUUGAUACCUAAUAUUGACAAAACCUACAGCACAACUCCGAGUUACUUAAAAGUACACAUACAUUUAUGAGUAGUGGAGAAAAAUGCGUCAUGAGAUGUGACAAUGUCGCGGGACAGUAUGCUAAGUUUAGAGUUGUUGUAAGGCAUAUACUCGGACAGCUAAGUUCUACUUCGGGGUACGCUUGAUUUGUGGACUUUUAGUCGCUGCGUUGGCUCUCUUCCCUCUCCAAGUCAGUCGAGAGCAACAUCGCUGCUGACAGGUCCGUAAAUGAAACACAUCCGCUCGUGCAUUUCUCGUCACGUGACAAGAAAACAAAAACAAAUGCGCGGUAGUCAAGUUAUCCAAAAUAGUUCGUACACUAAAUUACGGCAUAAAACUCACCACCUCAAUUCUAAAGUCGACGUGGCGUUUUGUUAUUUCCAUGCAAUAUUUUAGACCAAUAGUCUCGUCUUCGUAAUAAUGGAAAACAACUCAACAAAACCAGCCGAUCUUCAAAGACAAAUGCUGCACGCGGUCAGAUUUAGUGCAGAAAGCGAAGCGCGCACAGCUCAAUGUUCUUGUACACGUAUUCCACGCACAGUUGGAUACAAUUGGAACAAAGGCGGAAGGCUGAAGGAGUUAAGAAUAAGGCACUUGGCAAGGAAAUUCUUCAAAAUAUGGAUGCAGAACACCUUUGGUCAGAUCCUUCCUUAUGUUGCGAGGUGCCACUAUGACAAUAUGCUGCAGAGACGAAUAUUUCAGGGAUGGAGAGACGAGUGGUGGGCGUCCAGAAAAGAAUGGAGUCUGUCCCUACGCGCAGAGUGUCAUCACAAGUAUCACCUGCUCCUUCUGACUUUCCAAAGUUGGCAAACUUUUAUUUCACUGCAAGACGAAAAGAAGAGCAACAUACAUAAGGCUAAAUUGUUCGAUGACAGGCGACGGAUGCGUCGUGUAUUGCACAAGUGGGAGAAUUUUAUCCAGAUGUGUCUGCUAAAAAGAAGAAGAAAUCAAUCAGCCCGAGAACAGCACAGACGCACACAUAUUCGGUCAGUGUGGCGUUUGUGGCAGAUUAAGUAUCAACAGCAUCAAAACAUUUGCACAAUGGAGGACCAAGCCUUGAAGCUCCGGACAGUGAAUCUACAGAGCAGGGCUUUUCAUCAGUGGAAAAAGAGGCACUUUGCUAUUUGUUCCAAAAGAGAGAAUGAAUCCAAAGCCUCUCUUCACUACAUCAGCAGCGGGAAAAAGAAAUGGCUGAUUCAGUGGCAAUCUGUUGUCUCCUCUCGCCAGCACAAGAAACAGUUGCAAGCUGUGGCUAUGCACACUGCCCAUCUUCACUUGAUGAGGCAGAGCUGGGAAGUGUGGAGGAUUGCGUGGCUUCGUAAACACAGCGAGGAGAAGCGUUUGCAAGUGGCGGAGCAGCUGACCAUUCGGUGCACUCAGCGUCGAGCAGUGUUGAAAUGGAGGGCCUAUGUGAGACGGCGCAAAGAAAAAGCAGGCCGAGACCAAAUGGCCAGUCAACACCACCAUCAGCACCUGCAGCGUGCCGUACUGCAGGGCAUGUCGUUCAAUGUGAGCCAGAACAGAGCACGGCGUCUGAACAAUGAGGCGGCUGUCCAACAUCAUUACCAGACUGUGAUCAAUAGAUAUUGGGGGCUGUGGAAAGACAGGUUGGAAGAGGCUGAAGAUGAACCUUUCCAAGCCCUGACAGACAUGGCGCUGACCAACUACCGCAUGACCUUGUUGGGUCGCUUUUACGACCACUGGAGGGAGAAACUCGCAGAGCGAAGACACAUGCAGGAGCUGGAGUGUCGUGCGGAUAUCUGGUUUGCAGAGCACUUGUUGCCACGAUACCUGAACUCCUGGAUUGAGUUUAUUCUGCAGAAAAGGCUGAAGAAAGACAGGAGACGCAGGGCAGAUGUUUACAAUACGCAGCGCCUGUGCACCUGGGUGUUGCACACCUGGCAGGAACAGGCGGAGAAACACAAAGACGAGAUGCUGUCACAGCGGAUGGCCAUUCUUCACGAAGAGCAAAGUCGUCUGCAGAGAGUCUGGGCUCGCUGGAGGCAACGGACCCAGCAGCGGAUGGGAGAAGAGAAAGUAAAGAGGAAGGAGCAAAAUUGUUCUCUUGUCCCUGUGAAACAGCAAGAAGACGCCAUUACUGAGUUGCCAAACAGUGAGCAGCAGGCUUGUCUUCAGGGUGAUCUGUGCUGCAUGAGAAGGGCUCUGGCCAGGUGGAAAAAGUUUUUCCAGAGACAGAAGUUGAAGAAAAGAAAGCUGGAGCACAGGCAGCAUUGCCAAGAAAAGCAAGUCAACAAGCAGAGCGUUGUGACCUGGGAGGUCAAGCACAACAUGUCUAAGAAGACAGUGCAAGCACUCUGGCAUUGGGCCCUCACUCUUCAAGCCAAGGUUUUCCUGGCUUGGAGAGAAAAAACUAAGUGUGUGGUAUUUGAGCAGCACCAACAGAGGGAAGCACUCAGCUUGGCUCAAAGUAUUUUAAAUCAAGGCAAGAAUCAACCACACACAGAGGUGCUGCUGCAGUGCGAGACAACGGGCACAGAGAAAGCCCAGAGGCAUCAUGACAACAAAUUGCUGCGUAAUGCACUGAGGGUGUGGAAUGAGUAUCACCACGCUCGCCUCAAGGACAAGGUCCAGCACAACAUGUCUGAAAAGACAGGGCAAGCACUCUGGCAUUGGGCCCUCACUCUUCAAGCAAAGGUUUUCUUGGCUUGGAGAGAAAAAACGAAGUGUGUGGUGUUUGAGCAGGACCAACAGAGGGAAGCACUCAGCAUGGCUAUAAGUGUUUUUAAUCAAGGUAGUAAUCAACAACCCACAGUGGAGCUGCUGCAGCGGGAGAUGACGGGUACAGAAAAAGCCCAGAGGCAUCAUGACACAAAUGUGCUGCGUAAAGCACUGAGGGCGUGGAUCAAGGAUCACCAUGCUCGCCCCAAGUACAAGGAACCGAGGCUGGAGCAGAUGCAGCAUUGCCAGGAAGACCAAGUCGCCAAACAAAGCUUUGUGUCUUUGGAGCUCCAGCACAAAGUGUCUGAAAAAACAGUGCAAGCACUCUGGCAUUGGGCCCUCACUCUUCAAGCCAAAGUGUUUGAUAGAUGGAGGCUGUGGGUCACAGAGCAGCGUUGGAAAAGGUUGAAAGUGGCAAAAGCUGCCGAGGUAGACAAAGAACCGCCUCAAACAGCUGCGUGCGUCCCAGCCAUAGGAGAUCACAUGACCGAUAUGGGGAGGAGCCAAGCGUCGAGCCAAGAAAAAGCUCAGAUGCUGCUUACUGAGAGUGUGGUGAGGCGUUGCGCCAUGAGGUGGAAGCAACUGGCCCUUUGCAAACCAAAGGUGACAGAAGGACAACCACUGGCAAAGACAGUGACCUUGUCUUUUUCAGAAUUGAAAAAGGAUUCUCCAACUGAACAGUAUGCAGACAACAUGAAGCUACUAUCUCCAAUUAUACGUCGACAGCCACGUCGAAAUAAGGAACUGUUUGAGCCUUCAUUAAAAGUGUCACCACAUGAAGUUUUGGCUGCCACAGGAGUUUUGGGACACACUUGUCCAUCACAGACAUAUCUUUCUGGGCUGUUUUCUGCCUCUCUCCAUCAUCCUUCCAUCUCUUCCCCUGCUGCGCAUCAAAGUGGAGAUGUGCAGCAGUUCUCCCCCCAGAAAACAGCAAUCCCCACUGAGGACACACCGCCGACAUCCUGUGACCUGUUACUCCCUCCUGCUGCUUUCAUGAGCAUAGAAAAGUCGGGACACAUGCAACCAAAUGAAACCAGUGGAGAGUAUGAUGCGAUGUCAUCCCUGAUGAGCGAGCUAAUGAGCAUCCAGCAGGAUAUGAAGAGUUUCCAGCAGGACAGGAAGCUGCUCAGGCUCUGCCAGAAUACGAGAGACUUCUUGCACAAUUGGCUACAGAUGAGUGGAAAAGACGAGGAGGUGGAUAAAAAUACAAUUUGCCAACAGCUGGUGGAGAAUGAGGAGUACAUCGAGAGACUGUCCAGUGAGUUGACAAAGCGAAGACUUUCAAUGCACUUGCAUGCAGAAAGGCUCAGACAUUUACAAGCUGCCCUCGACUCCUCAGGUUUUUUUUCCCUUUGUCAGCAAAUGCAAAUGUAAAAGACUGAGCAGUUUGCUCCCAAUUGCAGCUGUGUUGUCAGUUAUUGUAGAUGUUCUGAAUUUGUUGCUCCAUGUUUGUACAUAAUUGUUUUGCCUGUUUUAUACUCUGUAUACUAAGGAAGGACAAUAAAGCUUUAGUAGACCCUUAGCACCGAGCCAAAGCUGUCUAAAGGUCUAAAGAAACGGC